AUGGAGAAGGCUGCUGGUGAUACAAUCGUCUCUCCAGCCCUCGACAGACCUCUCUGGAGGCGUGGUCACCUGCUGAAGCUCAACUUCAUCACUCUGUCUAUGGUCUUCUUCUCCUCUGCCAAUGGGUACGAUGGAUCAAUCAUGGGCGGUCUCUUGGCCUUGCCAUUCUGGAAUCGGUUCAUGCAUCAUCCUUCGGGUGCCUACCUGGGCUGGAUAUCCGCAAUCUACUGGGUCGGAAACUUCAUUGGCUUCCCCAUAGCAGCAUGGGUAGCAAACCGUUAUGGCCGCAGAGCUGGUCUCUACCUUGGUUUCCCUUUCCUUCUUCUUGGCGUUGUCAUGCAAACAGCAGCCCAGAAUGAGGCCAUGUUCACAUACUCGCGUCUUUCCAUCGGAUUUGCGUCUGCUUGGUUUGGUAACUCUGCUCCGCUACUAAUCAACGAGAUCGCACACCCGAAGCAAAGAUCUAUCACCAACGCCAUGUUUAUGGUAGGCUGGUACUUUGGCGGCACCCUAUGUGGCUGGGUGGUCUUUGCCUGUCGCGAUAUCGCAUCAGAUUGGUGCUGGCGUAUCCCAGUACUUGUACAGAUCACACUUCCCCUCAUGGCUUUGCCUGGCGUUAUCAUGGCGCCAGAGAGCCCUCGUUGGCUUUUCAGCGUUGGAAGAGUCGAGGAGGCCACCGAAAUCCUUUCUAUAAAUCAUGCUGGCGGUGACAGAAACGAUCCUCUUGUUACACGCCAGGCUCAUGAGAUCCAGACAGCGAUCAUCAUGGAGAAGGAAUCACACACCAACGCCUCAUACGCAGAUAUGUUCAAGACACCCGGCAAUCGCCAUAGACUAUUCAUCUCAGUCACUCUUGGGGUCUUUUCACAAUGGGCGGGCAACGGCAUCGUGUCAUACUAUUUGCCCCUUAUCCUCAACUCCAUUGGGGUCACGUCAACUUCAAGCCAAACAUUGAUCUCAGCAUGCCUUAACGUUUGGAAUUUGUUAUGGGCUAUUGCCGCUGCAACAAGUGUCGACAGACUCGGUCGGCGCUUCCUAUUUUUGACCUCUGCCAGCAUCAUGUUGGUCAGCUUCAUCAUCAUAACCGGUCUCAGUGCCACCUUCGCUCAGACCGGGGCAGCAGCAGUUGGACUGGCGGUUAUCCCAAUCUUGUUCAUAUUCUUCGCAGGCUACGACAUCGCCAUGACGCCUUUUUUGACUGCCUACCCUUGCGAGAUCUGGUCAUUCACACAACGCUCCCGUGGUCUCACGGUAACGUGGUGCGCUUCAGUCGUUGCCCUGUUUCUGAACACCUUCGCCAACCCUCUCGCCCUGGAGGCAAUCCAGUGGAGAUACUACAUUGUAUACAUUGUAAUGCUGGCAUUAUUUGCGAUCACUGUCUACUUUGCCUACCCCGAGACGCGUGGCUUCAGCUUGGAACGGAUCGCAGUUAUCUUUGACGGUGAUGAUGCUGAUGUCAUUUUGACGGCGGAAACUAGGGAAAAGACAGAUGAUCCUGUUAUUAGCGGAGACAAACAUGCCUGA